AGCCCUCAGGUGAGAGAUGACAGAACGCCACGGGAUUUAAACCCUGAACAGACCGUCGAGAACUUUUCCAACUGGACUAUUUCAUCCAAACUGAAUUAAAUAAUCAGCGUCCGGAUUGACUGAUCGGAUACUCGGGCGUGUGAUUUUCUUCUAUUUCGUAGCGAAACGAGUUUCCUGAAAUAGCAUGACUUCUGCCGUGUAUGAACAUGGAGCGAACGGGCGUCAUGAGAAUGUCUCCUUCAUGACGAAUGAACAGAAGAUGGCACCAGCAAGGAGGGGGAGGAUUGCCGUGGGGGUCUUCAUUGCCCUGCUGGUAGUGGCGGCAGUGGUCGGAUUUCUUGUCUGGCUCUUCGUUGUCAGGACCAAAGAAUUGGAAAAAGAGUCCACCUCUUAUAAACACAGCUCGUCCACACUGGUUUACAGUGGGCAAAUGAAACUUCUCAGACCAGAGUACAGUCCAGUGUACAACAAUCCCGAAAGUGCAGAAUUCCAACAAGUGGCGAGGGGCUUGGAAGGAAUUAUGAACAAUACAUUCACCAGAGAUCCUCUCCUUUCUAAAUACUAUACCAAGUCUGUCAUCACUGCCUUCAGUGAAGGAACCAUAGCGUAUCAUUGGUCUCAAUUUGACAUUCCUGAGAAUGACCAAGAGAUUGUCCCGGAGCUGUCGGAGGAGCGCGUUGUCAGGGCUCUGACGAGGGGCAUCCGCCAGGAGGGCAGACAAGUCGGCAACAUUGCGGUCACUGACAUCGACAUCACUGCUUCAUCCACAGACCCUCGCAUGGCCAGGGACCCCAGAUCCAAGAAAUGCUUUUACAGUCUCAUGGCUGACACCACCAACAAAGAAUUUACAUCUCCGGAUCACCCUAAGAAAUACCCAGCUAAGUCCCGAUGCCAGUGGCAGAUCCGUGCUCCCAAAGGCUACGCCAUCAUUGUCAAGUUCAGCACCUUUCACAUAGAAGAUGACUGUGCCAAUGACUACGUGGCCAUCUACAACUCUCUCAGUCCUGACAGCACGUAUGCUAUCACAAAACAAUGUGGACUUCGACCCCCUACAAAUCCUCUCGAGGUAGUUUCUUCUGGUAACGUCAUGCUUGUCAACCUAAUCACUGAUGUGGCCCAGACACCUGGAUUCAGAGCGGUUUACACUGCCGUUCCCAUUAUUGCUGCUGGGAGCUGUGGAGCAUCUCUGACUGCUCUCACAGGAAACUUCACCUCUCCUCAUUUUCCUAGUUUCUAUCCUCCUUUGUUGGACUGCAGCUGGACCAUCAACGUUCCUACUGGCAGAAGGAUAAAGCUUGAUUUCAGUAUGUUCCGUGUGAAAGAGCCGAUGGUGGACACUAGCACCUGUCACAAAGACUACGUAGAAGUGCUGGGUAAAAAGUAUUGUGGAGAGAGACGUAGACUUGUUCUCUCUAGCAUCACUAAUUCCUUAGAAGUGAAGUUCCAUUCAGAUGAAUCCUACACUGAUAAGGGAUUCAGGAUCGCUUACACCGCCUAUGACCCUGGAAACCCUUGCCCUGGUCAGUUUGCAUGCACCUCAGGCUACUGCAUCAAAAAAGAGCUACAAUGUGACGGGUGGAAUGACUGCGAAGACAUGAGUGAUGAGAAAAACUGCAAGUGUGAUGACGAACAGUUCACCUGCAAAAAUGGCCUGUGUAGGCCUCAGUACUUUGUGUGUGACAGAGCGAAUGACUGUGGUGACAAUAGUGAUGAGGAAGAUUGCGAUUGUGGCAGAGGUCAGGAAAGGUGCGGAGACGGUGCCUGCAUCCCACAAGAAUUUAUAUGCGAUGGGAAAAAUGAUUGUGCUGAUGGCAGUGAUGAGGUCUCCUGUGCAGCAGCGGCUGGUAUCUGCAAUGAUUUCUCCUUCAAAUGUAAAAACAAGGACUGUGUAAACAAAGUGAACGCAGAGUGUGAUCGUGAAGCGGACUGCUCAGAUGGUUCGGAUGAACAGGGAUGUGACUGUGGAGUCCGGCCAUUCAAGCACAACCGUAUUGUGGGUGGGCAGAACGCAGAUGUGGGUGAAUGGCCAUGGCAGGUCAGUCUACAUUUCAAGAUUGAGGGACAUGUUUGCGGCGCCUCAAUCAUCUCUAACAAAUGGCUGCUGUGUGCUGCACACUGCUUCAUCCAGCCUGACCCAGCCUACAAAAUGACAUCCAACUGGCUGACAUACAGUGGUCUGCGGGACCAGAACAUCCAGGACGGCUUUGUUCAGAAACGCUCUUUGAAGAGCAUUAUCACCCAUCCAAACUACGACUCAAUGACCUACGAUUAUGACAUCUCACUGCUGGAACUGAGCGAUCCAUUGAACUUCACCAACACCGUGCAUCCCAUCUGCCUUCCGGCAUCCACCCACGUCUUCGCUGCUGGUAGUGGCUGCUUUGUUACGGGCUGGGGCACACUCCGAGAGGGAGGAAGUGUUGCACAAAUCUUGCAGAAAGCAGAAGUAAAGGUGAUUAAUGAUACAGUAUGCAACAUGGUGACCGAAGGUCAGUUGACCUCUAGAAUGAUGUGUAGUGGCUACCUCACUGGAGGUGUGGACGCUUGUCAGGGAGACUCCGGCGGUCCUCUUGUGUGUCGUUCCGAUGUAGGCAAAUGGUUCCAGGCUGGCAUUGUGAGCUGGGGAGAAGGCUGCGCUCGGCGGAACAAGCCUGGCGUCUACACGCGUGUCACCAAACUGCGGGAAUGGAUCCGUGAAAUUACAAACAUAUAGUGGAGCCUGGACCUGCAAUCAUACGACAACCAAAGCAGAAGAACACAUAUGUUGAGUGCCAUGAAUAUUCAGUACAGUAUGUGAGCCGCACUCACAAAAGCAAAAGUGAAUACAAAUUUGGUCGACAUCUGUUGUGAGAAAAAAAAAAAAAAAUCAUUUAAUUGUUUCAUAAUAGCAUUUUCAUUCAGUAUGACUAUUUGGUUGUUAUGGCUUAUGAAUGAUGUUUUUCAUAGAUGUAUCAAUCAAAAGUUGACUUCAGCUUUAGUCAACCAAAUAAAAUGGUUCAUAAAAUACAUGCAGAUACCACUAUAAUGACAGUAUAUAUCACUGUGAUGUACUG